UGAGCUUCAGAGCUCCUCCUCCUGUCAGUCACUCUCAGUUUGUGUUGUAUUAAAGCCUCCUUACAGCACAUCCUCUCCUCAUCCUCUUAUCUCUCUCAUCUGUCAGCAGUAAGGUCACUUUACACAUUUCAAGAUCGUUCUCAGAACACACUGACAACAUGCUGGGGACCCUCUGCGCUCUCAUCACUGCUCUAACAUGUGUGAGUGGUGUGACGGUGCUGACCCAGACGCCUCCUGUUGUGACAGUGAGGAAAGGAGAGACAGCCACCAUGGACUGUAACCUGGGGACUGUUACUAACAGUGCUGCUCGUUGGUAUAAACAGAUUCCUGGAGAAAUUCCUCAGUUUGUGCUGAAUUUUCAUCGGAGUUAUAGCUCACCAAGCUAUGGUUCUGGGUUUUCAUCUCCAAAGUUCACAUCAACUCAUCAGUCCACAACAAAUUAUUGUUUAACAAUCAACAAUGUAGAAGAGCGAGACUCUGCAGUUUAUUACUGUAAGACAUGGGAUGGCUCUGUCAAUGUAUUCGGACCGGGAACCAAGCUGAUUGUCACAGGUUCCAGUCUCCCUCCUCCUGUCCUGACCGUCUUCCCUCCAUCCAAGGCUGAGCUCCAGUCCAACAAAGCCACUCUGCUCUGUCUGUCCAGUUUGUCCAGUGAAUCUAAAGGUUUUGCUGAUGUCAGCUGGUUGGUUGAUGGGAGUCCAGUGAGCAGUGGGAUCUCUACCAGCACUGCUGUUCAGAGACCAGACCAGACUUUCCACAUCAGCAGUUCUCUGUCCAUCCAGACGUCAGACUGGAACAUGAACAAGGUUUACGCCUGUAAAGUGUCUCUGGGCUCCCAGGCUGCAGAGAAAACCAUCAACAAGUCAGGAUGUCCUGCUGAAGAAUAGCAGAAGAUCAUAAUCAUCAUUUUUAUCUGCUUCUUUCUGUUUGCUUCUUAAAUGAUUUAGGAAAUAUGCUUUCUUAUUUAGUGUUUAUUUGACAACUAUUGUUCUCUUGGCUUUAUUUUUCAUUAAUAAAUCAUUGUUACAUUGGAAAUAAG